AUGGGGAGAGGCUAUUAUUGGGCUCCAGAUGUUUACGCUAGAUGGCUUGACGUCAACAUUUGCGAUUGCGGAACUAGCAACUUUUACACCACAAAAAUUCGAUGGAUCGAAGUGCCAAUGAUGUCGGAAAGUGACAAGACGGGAAUAAAAACUGCUCGUUGGUUUGGUGGAAUUCUAACUUUGGGACUUUCCGAGCUUGUUGGUGCUGCAGUCGUCGGUGGUUUCCAUGAUCACACUCAUGAAUGUGUUGAGAUUGAUUUUAAAUGUAAUUACUGUGAAAAGACAUUCAAACGAACUUAUGAGAUUAUCGAUGCUGACACAGGCAACAGUGCUCUCUGGGGAUACUAUCGAAAAGAAUAUCAAUGUGAACGCUCAUGCUCCACUCGUCGUUCAUUUGACUUUGUUGAAAGCAAAUAUCGCGAGAUGUGGGCCAACUAUUCUAUUUCUGGCGGACUUCACUGUAAGGAGUGGAGCAAGGACUUUUAUUGGAAGAUCAAUUAA